GACUGUUCUUGUCUUACAUGCUGCUCAGUUGUAUCUUCCUACUUGCUGAGACUAGCUGGAUUCACACAUAGCUGGAUAACUUCUCUCUCUAUGUAUGUCGUUUUCUGUGCUUCAACUCAGUUUCUUGCUCCUUUUUCAGGUGGAUUGCUAGCUCCUGAUUCCUCUCCUAGCUCCAAACCAAGAUAUGCUACUUGUUCUCUGCCACUGACAAUGACCAUGACCCUUCACACAAAAAACUCCGGUGUUGCCUUACUGCACCAGAUACAAGGCAAUGAACUAGAACCUAUCAGCAGACCUCAGCUGAAGAUUCCUCUGGAACGACCGAUCAGCGAAAUGUAUGUGGACAGCAACAAGACUGGGGUCUUUAAUUACCCAGAAGGUGCCGCUUAUGAUUUCCCCACUGCCGCUCCAGUUUACAGCUCAACCAGCCUCAAUUAUGUCCCUACAACAGAAUCGUUUGGGUCCAAUAACCUGGGAGGAUUUCAUUCUCUGAAUAAUGUCCCUCCAAGCCCUAUGGUAUUUUUACAGACGGCACCACAGCUUUCACCAUUUAUUCAUCACCCCAGCCAGCAGGUACCUUACUACCUUGAUAAUGAACCGAGUAGCUUUGCGAUGAGAGAAGCUGCUCCAACUGCCUUCUACAGGUCAGGCUCAGAUAACAGACGUCACGGUGCCAGGGAGCGAAUGUCCAGCACCAAUGAAAAGACAAGCCUGUCUGUGGAAUCCGCCAAGGAGACCCGCUACUGUGCUGUGUGCAAUGACUAUGCUUCAGGCUACCAUUACGGUGUUUGGUCCUGCGAGGGCUGCAAAGCCUUCUUCAAAAGAAGUAUUCAAGGUCACAAUGAUUACAUGUGUCCUGCUACCAACCAGUGCACCAUUGACAAGAACAGGAGGAAGAGCUGCCAGGCUUGCAGGCUCCGAAAAUGCUAUGAAGUUGGAAUGAUGAAAGGUGGAAUUCGGAAAGACCGCAGAGGUGGCCGUAUCCUGAAGCACAAACAUCAAAGAGAAGAGAAUGCAGGAACUGUAGCUCAGUCGAGAAGCCCCAGUCUCUGGCCAAGUCCCCUGGUGAUGAAACAUACCAAAAAGAACAGUCCAGCCCUGUCUCUGACUGCAGAUCAGAUGGUUAGUGCCUUGCUAGAGGCUGAGCCACCUGUUGUCUAUUCAGAGUAUGACCCUAACAGGCCUCUCAAUGAAGCUUCUAUGAUGACACUAUUGACCAACCUUGCUGACAGAGAACUGGUGCACAUGAUCAGCUGGGCCAAAAGAGUUCCAGGGUUUGUGGAUCUAGUACUCCAUGAUCAGGUCCAUCUACUGGAAUGUGCCUGGUUAGAGAUACUGAUGAUUGGCUUAGUAUGGCGAUCAAUGGAGCACCCAGGAAAGCUAUUGUUUUCCCCUAAUCUAUUACUGGACAGGAAUCAAGGAAAGUGUGUUGAGGGUUUUGUGGAAAUAUUUGACAUGCUGCUGGCCACUUCUUCUCGCUUUCGAAUGAUGAAUGUCCAGGGGGAAGAGUUUGUGUGCCUUAAAUCCAUCAUCCUACUCAAUUCUGGUGUUUACACAUUUCUUUCCAGCACCUUAAAAUCACUGGAGGAAAAAGACCAUAUCCACCGUGUUCUAGAUAAAAUCACUGAUACUUUGAUACAUUUGAUGGCCAAAUCAGGCCUUUCUCUGCAGCAGCAGCAUAGGCGAUUGGGUCAGCUCCUUCUCAUCCUUUCCCACAUCCGGCACAUGAGCAAUAAGGGAAUGGAGCACCUCUACAACAUGAAGUGCAAGAAUGUGGUUCCUCUUUAUGAUCUGUUGCUGGAAAUGCUAGAUGCUCACCGUUUGCAUGCCCCUGCCCCAGGUGACAUGGCCCAGGGUGGAGAAGAACCCAUGAACCAGUUGGCACCUGCAUCUUCUUCAAUGCAUUCCUUACCACCUUGCUAUGUGAACAAACAGGAAGAUGUAAAUGAGCAAGGAGCGAUCAAUUGUAGAUCUAUUCGUUGCAGUCAAUACUGCACAUGAAAAGGAAAAUAAUCUGGGUCCCUUAGGUUCUGUUUAGGUAACACACGCAAGUCCUCAUGUUUGUAUUGGAUGCUCCCCAGCAUAAAACAAAACAACACAGAGCCCUGUGUUGAGAAGUUACUGGCAGGAAGGAGGACUGAAGUGAGAAAAGGACAUUUUGUGUUGCACUGCAGCAGGGGUCACAUUCUGCCAUUUUCCCCCUGCACAUCCUGACCCCAACCAAAGUAACGAGCACAAACUUGGGGGCAGAAUGGACCUAAAUCUGCAAGUGACCAUCACUAGCUGCUUUUGUUAUAUACUUUGCGCUCCCAGCCCACCCCUCAAAUCUAUAGCAAGCAUUACAGCACUAAUGUCGCAAAUAGUUCUCAUCUCGUCUUGAUUUGACAAUGCUCUCACCAAUGCCUCUGACUUGAGCUUCAUUUCCAGUGGCCUUGCUUUUUAUUAGUGUAAUUAAGUAUUUGUCUUUGUGCAUCCAAAACAUAAAGUAAAAAUGGUUCUCCUUUGAAAUUUCCCCAGUGCUAUUGGGGACUACAAAGUGCCUUGUCAAAAACUGACACAUUGUUAUUUCCAAGUGCUCAUUUUGUAGCUUAUUUCUGUGUUAUUGAUACAAUCAUGUAUUGCAUUGCAUGAUGAUGUAUAAACAGGAAGUCCAAAAGUGUGUGGAGCCAUAUUAAAACAAGCAAAUUUUAUCUAUUUUAUCCCAGUGCUCAUAACAUAGGCUGCAAUCCCAUAAUAGUUUUCAAUGGAACUUACUCAUGAGCAGCCAUGUAAAGGAUUGUGUUAUAAUAAAUAUAAUUUAAUAUCCUUUUUGUAAGAGACAUUAAAAUAAUUUAAUGUUACAUUAAAUUAUAAGGGACAGUAAUUGAUUUUUAUUACAGACCUUUAGCUACUUUUUCAACCCACUGGUUCUUUUUUGGGCAGAGAGCUUUAACAUGUGAACAGAACUCAUGUGCCUGCAAAAGCUCCUCCAUUCACUUCAACGGAAAUGGCAUUUUCAUCCAAGACGUAUGAAGGGUGUCUUGGGGCUUUCUCUUUCAUUAAAGUGAACGGGGUACAAUUUUGAGAAGCAAAAGAGUAUGGAGUGCAUGGAGAACAAACAUGCAGAACUCCGGAUUGGAUUUCCCAAGCAGAAAUAAACCAUAAUUGAUCUAAUUGACCUGUUUCCUUGUUUUUACCAAACAAUAGUCACUUGUACUGAUCAUGCAAAACUAAAUGAAGGCUGCAAUCCUAUGCACACACCUGGGAGUAAGAUCCAUUGAACUCAUCAUAGGAUUGGGCUGUAAUUCUGGUAAUUCACAAAACACUAAUUUUGAUAAAGACCUACUGGAAUAAUUGUUUUGGCUUUGGAAAUAAGCAGACAAAGAUAAGACAAGCAAGGUAACUUGAGUGGGGGAAAUAACACCUUGCUACAAGAAUGUGUGGUUUCCUGUCUUUUGCUUUAAUGCCAAUAUCUUUGAGGCAGGGCCAGCCUGGAUGACCAAGGAGGGAAAUGUGUUGCUUUUUGUUAAAUUUAAGGAAAAUAUAUAGUUGUCAUUAUUGUUACUUUGCUGAAAGCAUUGUUUUAUCAUUAUUAUUGAAAGCACCUUAAAUAAUGCAUUGUGUGUGUUUGUAUGCAUAUAAUACAUACAUGCAGAGCUCACCUAUCAGACAACUGAAUGUAGCUGUUCUAUUAACCCAGUCAACAGACUAAAAUACAACAAAAUCAUAUUUUGUUUUUAUACUUUUCAGCUAUCUUCUCUCAUAUGCAAUCAUUUGUGCCUAAGGCUUAGCGAUUGUUAAAAAUCAUUAUUUCAUAUCAAUUUUUAUAUUUACAAUAGCAAAGGCAGCACUAACUUAGCCUAAUACUGAACACGAUGAGGAAACUAUCUUUUAAUGAAAGAAGGACAUUCAAGGCAGCUAAUUAUGCUUUUUUCCAAAUCCCAAUAAUAAUGGCUCUGAAAGGGCACAAUGAUUGGGUUGUGUGUGUUUUUUUUUAAAAAAAAUGUUCAGACUUACAUUUUAAAACAAACAAAGCCACCCUAGAUAUAUAGGAAAUGGAAUAUUGCUGUAUGUCAAAUCAUAAUAGAUCUGAUUCACUUGUCUUAUCUAACGUCAAGGGGCUCAGUGAAGAGAAAAGGGAAUGGGAUUUAUUUAUUUUUAAUGGUGGUAAUUUUUUCUCCUUUUGCAAAGGGCAAUUUUUCUAACUGAGUAUGAAAGCCAUUCUUGUAUUUAGUGACAUUGUGGUCUCUCACUCAGGCAAAUCGCCUCUCACAGACAAUCACCCUGGUCCAAUGGUGCCACUAGAGAUGGAUCAACCCACCCACCCCGAAGAACCUCGUGACAGGCAGGGCUGGCACCUUCUGCCUUUGCACUGCCAAAAGAAAGUGCAACAGUGGGGGUGGUCAGCAGGCCAAAGCUGUUACCCAUUACCCAGUCCUCACAGUGCAUGCGAAGACACCCCCUUCGCCGCUCCAGUGCCCUUACUGACUGCACACUGCUCAAAGGCAGUGCAGUCAGUUCAGCUUGCGACAAAAGUAUUUUAAUUGAACACGGUGUACAGUGGGACUGCAGCAUAACUGCCUGGCCACCACAACCACUACCAGGAUAAAAGAAAAAGAAAAAAACAGGGUGGUGUGGGGAGGGGCAGGGGGACCCUGGAAAGCACUUGCCUAAGUCAUAGAAUAGUAGAGUUGGAAGGGGCCUACAAGGCCAUCGAGUCCAACCCCCUGCUCAAUGCAGGGAUCCGCCCAGGUUCAUCCUCCCAGGUUCAAAGUCCCCUUCGAAGCUGGGAGUGCCUCUGCCCUCAGUCAAUCAUCCUCUUCGGUGCAGUAGAGAAAUGUGCUGCUGGAUGCUCACACCACCCCGCACCCCUCAACACAUAGAACAUGAUAACAUAUGCACUGUGCUGCCUCCUGCAUGUUGAAAACUGUACAAGACAGCAUUGCACAAGGAUAUGGAUGUUAUCUGCCAGAGCAGAAUAGCCGCAAGUCAAUGAAUUUACAGAACAAAAGCAGGAAAGGGGCUUAUCUAGCCUCUGCUCCGUCUUCUCAUUCUGAAGAUUUGCGAUAGCUGGCUGAUGCCAAACCAUCAUGAGUCUGCCCACGUUCAGGCUGCAGUGGCCCAAGGAGGGGGCAAACUCACAAAGUACCACAAUUCUUCUCCGUCCUGCAAGCUGUGCCACAGGUGGAGAGAAUCCGCAGCAUAUAAUUAUGGACCCAACUUUGCCCAGUUGCAAAUCGCCUAGGUCCUGAUCCAGUUUUAACCAAGUCUCCCAACGCUACUAAUGGCCCUGAAUGGAGAUGCACCUGUGUCCCAUUCACGUCAAAAAAGACACAUCUAUCUAGCCAGUUCAACAGGGCCCUGAUAAGCAUUGCAAAGUACGCCUUCAUUCAUGUUGGUUGUACAGUUGGAAUCCUGCUUCUGCCCACAGCUCUAUCUUGCUGGAUCUUGGUGCUAGUGUUUGCCAUACAUUUUGGUGUGAACCUGAGCCUUCAUUUUAUACACAUUUUCUUAAUGCUACUGCUUUUAACGCCAAGCUAGAGCCAACUUUUAAGUUAGCAGAGCUUUCAAGAUGCGUACACUCAAGAUAUUUUCUGCAGAAUCUGUCAAAUGAAUCGAUUGCUCUUCAUUGCAGGCCAGCUAUUCUGAAAGCUCUUUUCUAAUGUACUGUGGCUUUGUGAAGUGAGUCUUCAGAUCUGAAGUGAGUGCUACGUCAAGACUUGAUUUAAUGCAGUGUUUUUCAGCUAUCAGUCCUAACAUGUACAACAUUGUUGGAGUGGAAUUGUGACAAACAUUGCGGUACCAAAAAAAAUCCUUUUACAUGGAAAGCCUUUUCUUCAUAGGUGCACUAUCUAGUUUUAAUUCAAAUACGGAUUUAUUGCUGUCCUGAAUGUUGUUCUGUUUGUGAUCAUUGCCUUUUGAAAGGUACUACGAUUUUGCACUGUCCUAAAGAGACUUUUGUAAAGGAUCUAAGCUUCUUCUUUUUUUUUGCAUUCAAAUGUGCCUAAACUUAUAUGCUGCCAUGCUGCAAGCCUGUCUUUAGUAGGAAUGUUUUCCUGCUGUGCACCUUCAAAAAAUGCAGUGUAUUCUAUGAUCUUGAAGUGCCCAUCUAACAAUAGUCAAAGGAUGCUAUUCAGAGAAUAAAUUCAACAAGCCACUUUAUGCCACCUUAUUGCAUUUUUUUUUUAAAAAAUGAAGCUGUUGUGCACUAUAUUACCCUUUCAUUGUAAAGCUUCUCCUUUAUUAUGAGGCUCCUGUGCCAUAAAUGUAUUUGUUGAAUUAUUCUGCUCUUUUGCUGAUGCAUAUAAUUGUAUAAUUGAUGUCUCUGUUUUGUUAGGAUAUUGCUUUGUUAAAUGAAAGAAAAGGAAGAAAUGCUUUUAUUGCACCAUCAAAAGAAUGUUACGAAAAGUUUUAGAAAAAAAAUCAGCAGGAUAUCUGAUCUGUCAAAAUUUUCUCAACUUUGAUGUCAAAAUAAAACAAUGAACCACA